GGAUUACCAACGGAGAGAUGCGGAUGCGAUGUCCGACGCGCAACUACAACAACUAUUGGUCCAUCAAGAUGGACGCUUUUAUCAACAACAUGACAUCCCCGACAUUAAGGAAGAGUUCGAGGAUGAGGACAUGGAAGAGGAGGAUCCGGCGACGGUCGAACACGAACAAGGCAGCUCUCAAACCCCGGACGAUGACACCAACAACGAGGAUGAGGCUGGUUCAUCCCAACCCGAUACUAGCUUGGGGAUUUCCGGAGGAUACGACGGCGCUGAUAGGCAUAUUAAGGCUCGUCGCCCCGUGGAGUAUGCGAAAUUAAAAGACAAGGGGAAGCAAACUCAAAUAUCGAGGUUUGCAUCCGGUCAACCCUAUG